AUGGCAAGGACUCUAGGGAGCAAGGGAAGUAGAGGAGAACACCGGAAAAACCUCUCCGGGAAAAUUCUCCCGAGCCCUAUUGCUUCUCCCCGUCGCCGAAUCCCUUCCCUUCUCAUCACCUUGCGACGCUGCCACCGCCGCGUCUCCCUCUCCCUCUCGCGAGAGCCACUCCCUGCCGGCUCUCCUCUCGUGAGUUCCCAAAGAGCCACAGCCGCCUGCUCUUUGUCCCUCACUCUCGCCGGCCUUUUCUCCCCGCACAAGCACCAGCCGAACCUCUCCUCCUCUCGCGUCGCCUCGGCCCCAUCCGCCGAGUUUCUUUUCCACUCUUCUCCUCACGGAUUCCCGCAACCACAUCCGGCGACCUCCUCCUCACGUGAGCAGCAAGCCGCCGACCCUCUCCUUGCCGAGGACGUUGAUUGAAGACGGUUGACACGAUCUGCAUAUAAA